UUUGAAAGUAUUUUUAUGUGCUCUUUGAGAUCUUCCAUACCUGUGGACUAGCUAUGGAAGAAAUUAUUUACUACAUUUUAUAAUUGAAAAGACAGACUAGUUCAGCUGGCUUGUUCAGUCCUUCUCCAUUUACAUAUGGCACAGAUUAAAGUAAAACCCACUUUUGAUUUCAGAGCUUUCCUCUUCACUUAGUGGCUAGAGAAUAAGAGUGUUAUUCAGAAUUCUUUUGAAUGCAGGUGGCAAAACUUAACUCAAGUUAACUCAUUAAUUCCCAUGGUCCUAGAUGUGGGAUACCUGUAAAACUUUAAAUUGAGAGCAAAUAUACCAUCAUGGUAACUUUUGAAAUAAAGGCUGUACUUUUAGAGUUCUGUUAUUUUGAAAAAUAGGUGUUUGAAAUGCAUAUAUGUAUACAUGUAUAUAUGUUUAUAUGUAAGGGAUGCCUAAGCUGGAGAUUAUGAUUUCCAGCCUAUUUUAAUGCACCUGUGUCAACUUCAUUGACAUUCACAGAAUUGAAAGCUUGGGACUUAAUGGGUUAAUGGGUUAAGUAGAAUAGAGAAGAUAUACCAACCCAGGUAAUCCAGCUCCAGAAACACGUUUUUAUUGCUUUAAGGUCUGUUUGAUUAAUGUAGUCAGUGUGAGCCUCAUCAGGUAUUAUUUGGUGGCCUUGUAAUUUCAGAUUCUUCUGCAUGGGGUUUUUAUGGUGGGGAUGAUAAUCGGCAACUCUGUUCACAUGCUUGCAGCUUUCUCCAAAAGAAAAAGUAACCUUUUACCUGAAUUUGACAAAUUCCAUGAAAGAGCUUUCCAUUGAUGAUAUGCCCACCCUUUGGACCAAAAGGAAGUUUCCAGAAAUUGCCUGGCUCUGAAGACAGGAGUCCCAAAAAGAGAUUCACUGAGGUGCAAAAAGAAAGACGAGAACAGGCACAGCGAACUGUUUUAAUUCAUUGCCCAAAUAAAAUCAGUGAAAAAAAGUUUCUCAAGUAUUUAUCCCAACAUGGACCUAUUAAUAAUCACUUCUUCUAUGAGAGCUUUGGCCUCUAUGCUGUUGUAGAAUUUUGCCAAAAAGAAAGUAUACAUUCACUGAAGAAUGGAACUCACACUCCGAGCAUGGUCACAGAGGCUGCAAUUCCAUUCAGGUCACGUUUCUUCAAUUUAAAGCUAAAGAAUCCAUCAAACCAGACUUCUGAACGGCCAUAUAUACAGUCAAGUAAUCAGUUGCCUCCUUCGAGCAAGAAGCUUUUUGAAUUACUUUGUAAUGCAGAAAGUAUAGAUGAUCAGUUAAACACUCUCCUGAAGGAAUUCCAGCUAACAGAGGAAAACACCAGGCUCCGGUACCUCACCUGUUCUCUUAUUGAGGACAUUGCGGCUGCAUAUUUUCCAGACUGUACAGUCAGACCAUUUGGCUCUUCAGUGAACACUUUUGGGAAAUUGGGAUGUGAUUUGGACAUGUUUUUGGAUUUAGAUGAAAUUGGAAAACUCAGCACUCAUAAGAACAUAGGAAAUUUUUUGGUGGAAUUUCAAGUGAAAAAUGUUCCUUCAGAAAGAAUUGCAACUCAGAAGAUCCUUUCUGUGAUAGGAGAAUGCCUUGACCACUUUGGCCCCAGUUGUGUGGGUGUACAAAAAAUAUUAAAUGCUCGGUGUCCGCUUGUGAGAUUCUCCCACCAGGCCUCUGGAUUUCAGUGUGAUUUGACUACUAACAAUAGGAUUGCCUUGAAAAGUUCUGAACUCCUUUAUAUCUAUGGUGCCUUGGAUUCAAGAGUAAGAGCCUUGGUGUUCAGUGUGCGAUGUUGGGCUCGAGCACAUUCCUUAACGACUAGUAUUCCUGGUGCUUGGAUUACAAAUUUCUCUCUUACAAUGAUGGUCAUCUUUUUUCUCCAGCAAAGAUCACCCCCUAUACUUCCAACACUAGAUUCCCUAAAAACCCUAGCAGAUGCAGAAGAUAAAUGUAUAAUAGAAGGCAACAACUGUACAUUUAUUCGUGACUUGAAUAAAAUUAAACCUUCAGAAAACACAGAAACAUUAGAAAUACUACUGAAGGAAUUUUUUGAAUAUUUUGGAAAUUUCACUUUCAAUAAGAAUUCCAUAAAUAUUCGACAGGGAAGAGAACAAAACAAACCCGAUUCUUCUCCUCUUCAUAUUCAGAACCCUUUUGAAACUUCUCUCAACAUUAGCAAAAAUGUAAGUCAAAGUCAGCUACAGAAAUUUGUAGAUUUGGCCAGAGAAAGUGCUUGGAUUUUACAAGAGGAAGAUAAAGAUCGACCUUCUCCAUCAAGUAACCAGCCCUGGGGGCUGGCAGCCCUACUACUGUCAUCCAUCACAAAUAGUAAGUCUCUUGCCAAGAAGAAAAAUAAAAGGCCUGCGAGUGAAAGAAUUAGAAACUUGUUAGACUCCAUAAAAAGUAACAGUACAGAAAAUGCCACAACUGCCAAUGGGAAAAGAACAAUUAGUACUCAUACAUAAUGGCUGCUGCUUUGCUUUCUGUGGACUACCGGGAAGAACAGAUGUGACAGUUGACAGAUCUCAUCUUUUGUCAUUCCUUUUCACAGCCUUUAUCACUUGCUCCCUUAACUUUGUGGGAUGUUUUCUGUCUGACCAAGCAGAUACUAAGGUGGCAUUUUAUUACAACAUUGACUACAAGGAAUGGACAAAAGAAGAUUGGAAUAUACUUGACUAAAUAAACUAUACAAAUUGAAUAGUAAAAAUGAGUUUUAGAAUCUAGCUAUUUAAAAGGACUUCUAGGUAUAUAUGUAUGGAAUGAAUACAAUAAAGCUUCAGAAUUUGGGAGUGCCCUUUAAUAUGUAUUUUUUAUAUUUCAAGCAACAAAGUACUCUUAUUCACAUAUAAAUUAAAAGUUGAUACUGAUAUCCAAGAAUAUUUGUGUUUUUUUAAACAUUAACCCAACCUAAACACUGUGGUCAUUACAUUCAAGGUGUUCCAAAUCAAAUAUAUAAAAAUAUUGUGAUAUUUUAAAUAAUAUUUAGUUUUUCUGUUUCAAAAAAUAAAAUUCUGUUUCUACUAAAA